AUGGAUGCCCUGCCGGAUGGCGUCCUCGGGCACAUCCUUGGCUUCCUGCUAGCUCCGGAGGCCGUGCGGACGUGUGUUCUCGCUCGGCGCUGGCCCCAGCUAUGGAGAUUCACUACGGGCCUGCGUGUAGGGUGUCGCCAUGAGGAUGAACAGGCACCGGUGAAAGAGCACCGCGAGUUUUUGGACCAUCUGCUCCUCCGCGGAGGCUCGCCUCUUGACUUUUGCGAAUUCAUAUUUACUGAAUUCCAGUACGAUGAUGUGCCGCGGGUGAAUCUCUGGUUCCGCCAUGUCAUCAUGUGCAGGGUUCGAGUACUCAAGCUCCACAUCUUUUCCAUGUGCUAUAUUGAGCUAGAUGACCUGCCUCUCGUUUCUCAGCACCUGACGAGACUGGACCUCCAUGGUGUAGUACUCUACAGCAGCUUUCUCAACUUCUCCAGCUGCCUGGCCUUGGAGCAUCUAGAGUUGGUUGAGUGUGGUCUCUUGACUGCCAACAAGAUCUCGUCCAAGUCCCUAAAGCAUCUGAGCUUGACUUGUUGCUUUUUGGAUGUAUUUUCUCGUGUUUACAUUUAUACCCCAAGCCUGGUUUCACUGUGUCUAGAUGACCUUCAGGGGAUGACUCCCAUACUUGACAUCAUGCCCUCAUUAGUGAAGGCAUUUGUCCGGAUAACCGAGGAAUGUGAGGAUGUCUGUGCAAAACUUUCUAAGAACACUGAUGGCGGCGGCAGUUCUGUGCUCCUAAGAGGUUUAUCACAAGCUAAGAGCUUGGUAUUGAUUUCUAAACUGGACAAGGUUGUUUUCAAAAGUGAUUUGAGAUGGUGCCCUGUCUUUAACAAUCUCAAGGCUUUGUUUCUCAAUGACUGUUGGUGUACACCUGAUGACUUCAAUGCAUUAGUUUGUAUUCUUGAACACUCACCGGAUCUUGAGAAGCUUACACUUGAACUCUUUUGUGAGGGACCUAAGUAUAAAGUUGAAAUGAAAGGAAGUGUCAAUCUGAUGGAGCGACCGGCUAAAAUUUCAGAACACCUUAACAUUGUUGAAGUCAAGUGUCAAGAUGUUGAUGAGAGAGUUCUCAAAGUGUUGAAGUUCCUUUCUACCUUUAACAUAUGCACUAUGAAAUUUGGGCUGUCAAGGGAUCUAUCUUUCACUGUCACCAAAUGUAAGGCUAAAGUUGGCUUGAACAAGUUUGUCAUCUCUAUGACUAUUAUAUCGGGUGAGUGGGUUCUCCAGGGACAAAGGCAUGUGUGGCUUGACCUUCAGACGCGCAGUCAGGCAAGUGCUUGGGCCGCGUCAUGGGCUCAUGGCUAG